AUGACUUCUGAUUCUCCCAUAACACAAGUCCACGACCCUGAAGCCGACCAUGACCAAGAGGAGGUGAUUUAUCAGCAACAGCAGGCAGAUGAGGAUGUGUACGAUCAACAACCCGAGGAUGCUAUCCCUGCCAUCUUGAAACUGGAUCUGCGAGGCACUCGUAUUGACCUUGAUCGAGACACGCUAGUCAACCUUCCCGAGAGCUUGUUGAUUGCCAUGUUUCCCAAUGGGUUGGUGCUAGGUCGACAAGAGGACGAAGAUCAAUCGCGAGAUAGUGUGGGUGGUGGUGUCGUUGACGAGCAAGUUACUUUUGUCGACUUUGAUCCAGCAUGUCUUGACUAUGUGUUGCGAGUGUAUCAGCAUGCAGCUGCUAUUUCAAACGAGCUUGCCGACCAGCAACAACAACAGCAGCAUCAGAAUGACCAUCUCUCGUCAUCCGUUUACUAUCCGCUGUUAUCCAACAAGCAACCUAUUAUUGUCCUUCGUGAAGAACUCGAAUAUUAUUGCAUCCCUACCAAAUCAUCCAACAAUACGACAUCGUCUUCAUCUACCAAUAAUACACCCUCAGCCGCCGCUGCUCCUCAACUAUCACCUGAAAGUAUGGCUUCUCUCAAGAUUGCUUCGGGUCGAUCCUUGCAACGACAAAAUCGUAUCUUUGACGCAUUACAAAAGAACAUCUCUCGAGAAAACAAUGCAGCCGAACAACAUCUUAUCGAUAUGCUAUGUGAUGCAGGAUUCAGUCGUGAUGAUCCUUGGGGAUACCGUCAACUCGAACCUACUCGCACGUGUGUUACCAGCAUGUCCUUAGUGUUGUUAAAGACAACAGGUCCAGACAACCACAUGGCAACGGCACAAAAAUUGCUGCUCUUUUGGAGAAAACCUGCGAGAAAAUGCUGGUGGGAUGGUACAACGGCUGAUAUUGAAGGAUAUACCGUAAGGUUGUGGGCGAGACGCAUGUGGACAUUGGAAUUGGCCUUGGUCUAG